AUUUUUUGUUCAUUGAAUUUAUUUAAAACAUAAUUUGUAUCUUAAAGUAUUAUACAAAUUUUAGUAGUAUUUAAUUUUUGUAGAAUCUUAAUUCUAGUGUUUAUUUGGUUUAUUGAUUUAAAAUUUUGUUGAACCAACAGUAUAUAUUAUCCAUGUCUGCAGUAAAAAUUAAAAUUCCAGGUAUAGUAAAAUGUAAAGUAAUUACUAGGUUUUUACAGUUUAUUAAUGUAUAGUUCUUAUAAGUAUAUUUCUAUGACUUACCUACUGUAAUUUAUAACUUUUUCAGCCAAUAGGCGUAAAUCUGAUGUGGGAGAGGGGAUGGCUUACUUAUUUACUUGUUACUUGUCUUUUCGUAUCUACCCAAUGUAUAAUGUUACCUGAUGUAACCUAAUAUAGAAUAUACACUUACUAUGUAUUUAAUUAUUUAAAAUAUUGUUUUUAUGAAAAUUUGUUUAACCUCUCACUUAUUUUAGAUUCCUAUUUCACUCCUGAAAAGUGAAUAUAUUUUUAGUAUCCACCAUCGAUAAACUAUACCCUUCUGGUUUUUAAUGCUAUAUUAUGUAAGAAAUGGUUGAUUUAAUAGAUAGUAAUACAUUAUUUAGUAUUAGUAUAAAUAGAUAAGUACCUAGGUAUUAUAGGUAGGUAUCUGUUAUACUACCUUCAUAAAAAUUUUCAGAAAAUUAUCCUAUAAUAGGUAUUAUAGUAGAAUCUGAAGCAAAAAUAUUGGUUGACAAUUCAAAUCUAAAAAUAGUAAGUGUGAUAUAUAACUAAACAAUUUAUUUUUAAGGUAAUAUACCUAGUGCAAUGGUGUAAACCCAUGAAUAAAUCCCAAUUUGCAAUAGGUUAUUUUUUUAACAUAGGGUAAAAUAUAUGACUGAAUUUUUCAUUUCCAGAAGACAAUAUUACAACGUUUCUGACAAUGAGAAGUCACUUUAAAAAAAUUUACGAAGUAAGACCAAGAGUAAACUGUUGGUCAGAAGCUUGCCCAAGUAAACGAUUAUUAAAAAAUACUACCAAUAUUCGCGAUUAUCAGUAAGUAUUAAUAUUGAAAUGAAGUAGUAUUAAAAUAUUAUUUAAUCUAAAUAAAUAUAAAUUGUUGAAAUAAUAAUUGUUUUAAGAUAAAUGUUGAUUAUUAAUUAUGUUUUAACCCAAAUAAUAUAAUAAUUUAAUUUUAAAAAAAAGAGCUGAUAUCACUGAUGGUUAGGACACUGUUGUAGUUGGAAAGUUGGUUAAGUAGAAUACCUACCGAUACAUUAUGUUAUUUAAUGUGUACAUAACGAUUAAAUAUUGCUGAUAAAAUACAAUUAUGAAAUUAGUUCGGAUACUUAAAUCAUUUUUUUAUUCUUUUUAUUUUAGAAUUUUUUUCUUCACUCAGAAUCGUUUUUCGUAAUCACUGGUUAAUCAUUGUUUACAGGUGUAAAUUAAAUAACUAGAUAUCCCACCUUCCCAACUACCCAUCAAUAACAGUAGCUUAUAGAGUGUGCACCCAUCCCCAAUAUCAGAUUUUUUUUUUUUUUCAAUUAUCAUGUUAACUAUUUGAAAAAUCAUAAACUACCUCCUUAUAUCACCAACUAGAUUAAAAAUUCUAUAAAAAAAAGUUCUUUAUGUCAUUUUUUGAUUGGGAAACAUUUCUGGCAGAAAAAAAAAAUAAAUACAUAUCAUAGUAAAACCAUCACUCCACUCAGAAUAUAAAAUUUGGUCCAGCUACCGGCUUGACCCUACUAUCCUAUAUUUUUAACUUCACACCUACAACAGCUUACUCAUGGUACAAAACAUACCAGUAAAAAUUAAACAUAAGCUGAGCUUGCUAAAUUUUUUUUUAAAAAUUGUUUGAACAUCAAGCAACAACUAAUCUACCCUCCAUUAACCAUAAUUAAAUGAAUAUCUUAUAUAAUUUUGCUGUCCGAAAUAUUGUAGUUCAGAGUUUAUAGGUUUGAGUCACUCUUAAAAUUGUAACCCUAUCCAAUAUAGUUAUUGAUUAGGCAAUACUCAGGAACGAUUAUGAACAUUUAAUAUAUAAUUUUUGUUAUUUUAUAACAUAUACCUUACUAUAGAAUAUACCUACCUAUGGUUUUCCAUAAUAUAAACACCAAUAUGAUUUAAUGUGAUAUAUUAUAAAUGCAUAAUAUUUAAUUUAAAUUAUAUAAAUAGACACUUUUUUCUUAAAUUUUUGUAUAGAUGAUGGAUUUGAUUGUAAACAGAAUUACACAUAUAGUUUAUUACAUAUAAUGUAUUUUAUAUUUUUAUACAACCUACUUAACAUAUUCAAAAUUUGUAUUUUCAGAGUUUUGCCACAUUACUGUAAUUCAACUAUAAGUUCUACAGCAAAAUGUUUAAAAAAACAAAAUUAUGAUGAAAAAAAUAAGUCUAUAUGUACUAAAUUGAGUAAAAAAAAACACAUAAAUAGAGUAUGUAUUAACUUGAUUAUUACCUACUACCUACAAUUUACUAAUAAGAGUUAUAAUCCCAUCGCUACGCCAAUAACUGGUAUGACCUGCCACAUUAGAUGGUUGUACUAUUCUUAAUUCUUAAAGGUGAAAAGUUAGGAUACACAGUAACAUAAUUUACACCAGUAGGUAUUAAUAAAUCAUUGCUGACUCAAAAAUGGCCUUAAAAUUUUACCAUAUCUAGAAAAGGUAAACAUCAGUUUUCUGUUAAAAUUUCAAGUCUCUAAAAAUAUUUAUAACUGAUUAUAACAAAACAAAAUUUAAAAUAAUAACAGAAUUUUUCAUAAGUUUUUCUUUUUUUUUUCUAUGUUUUUUCCAAAUUAUUAUGCAAACUACUUAGAAAAUCAAAAAAUGAUUUCCGUAAUAACCACAACAUAAAAUUUCCUUUUAGAAAAGGUACUACACAUGAUAUAUCAAAGCAAGAUUUCCUCUACUAAAGUUGUUUGCAGAUAAAAAACAAAAUAAAAAUCAUUGUAAAACCAAUACAUUCCUGGCCAUGCUCCUAAUCUAAAAUAAGUAGUCCUAUAAAAACAAUAAAUGCUAAAAAAAAAAGUUCAGGGUGAAAUUCUUAAUAAUUUAUUGAAUUUUUUUUAUAUAUAAGUACAAAAAUUUAUAUUAAUAAAUGGAAGUUCUUUUUGUUAUUUAUCUAUGCAGAGAUUUGAUAAGUAAUACCUAUACAUGAACAGUAUGUGUGUAGACAAAGAAUAAUUUUUAAAAUGUAACCCCCUAAAAAUUGGUUUACACAAGGUAUUUGUAAUUUUUGAAAAAUCAAAUUUUUUUUAUUAAUUUAUAGGUUACUGUGAUAAUAUAGAUGAAAGAAAAGUAGUUAUUAUUUAUUAAUUUGGUUGUAAAAGACAAUUUUAAUAGGGAACCCUAUUAAAUUGGAUUUAUUUAUUUAUAUUUUUGAAAAGAUUAAAUAAAUAAUUAUAUUGUUAAAUGGUGAAAAAGAAAGGAAAUAAAUCUACCCAGGAAGGACAACUAGAGUAAAAUAUUAUUUAACAAAACUUAUGUUAUAAAUUAUUAUGUUAACAGAAAUUAAGUUAUGAAUCUGCAUAUAAUGAUGAUGUUUUCGAGUUUAGAUUGAUUAAAAAUAAUAGACAAACAUAUUCUGUAGCAGAUCAUGAAAAUGAAUCCAAAACUAAAGUACAACCAACUCGUUUAUUACAUUCAGAAAAUCCAAAAGAAACUGCAAAUAAAAAUGAGUAUAUAUCAUUUUUUAUUGUUUAGUGCUAAGCAUUUUAAAUACAUACUAUUCUUACUAUACCCAACCAUAAUUAAAUAUUUACUGAGUAUGCUUAAUAUACUUGUGUAUUAUAUUAAAUAUAAAAUAUAACAAUUAAAAUGACCAAUUUACAUUUAAAUUAGGUACAGCUAUACAAUAUUAUUGUAGAAGGGGUUGUACAUAAACAAUUUUAACAAAGUUUUUGGGGAAAUGAAAAUUGAUCAACCCAAAAGUAUUUAAAUUUACUUUAAAAUGAAUGAACUAAAAUAUUUACAGAAAAUUUAUGUAAAAUUUCAGUACCAUACAAUUUAUAACAACAAUAAUUAAUACCAUCCUUAAUAAAUACAUAACAAUACCAAUUUAUUUUGUCUAUAAUCUUUUUAUCAAAUGUUAUUUUAAUGUUAUUAGAAAAUUUUUUCAAAGCACACCAGAUGAAUCUUAUGACAGGUUUCUUGAAGAAAUAACAAAUGAAAUAGUAAAACUUGACUUGUGUACAGAUAAAGCAUUAAAAAGUGUUUUUCGAAAACAUAUUAAACACAAUAUUGGAAAACUCGAUGAGGUAUUUAUAUAAUCUAUUUAUCAGAUCUAUAUAGUUCAUAAUUCUAGUACUUAAUUAGUUUAUAAUUUUAUUUGAAUACACAAAUAAUAAAAUUAGACAUUCUUACUAGUUCCUACAAAAAUAAAUCCAUACAAAAGUUAAAAAGCACUUAAAUUAAUAUUUACAAAUAAGCAACUAAAAAACACAUAACUAUAUUAUUUCUAUAGUGUAUUAAUAAUUUAUAGAAAUAUUGAGGUAUCAAAUAAUAUCAUUUAAAAGGUUAAAUAUAUGUUAAAUAAAUGGAUUCACAGAAAUUAAUUUUAAUAUGAAAGGUUAUUUUUAAAAUUCUAGUUAUUUGAAUUAUGCCUUUUAAAACUGUUUAAUAUUAUAAUUAUAUAGCAUUUAAGUUAAAAUCUAAAAUUUUAUUGGAAUAUGAUAGCAAUAAUUUAAAAUAAUAAUAAUAAUUUAAUAUAUUCUACUAUUAUAAAUUGCUAAGGUAAAGACGUCUGAUUUGAUUAAAAAUUAAUUAAUUUUAGAAAAAAAUGAUGGAAGAAGUAGUCAAAGUACAAAUAUUAUUGGAUUUAUCAAGUGACAAUGAAGAUUUAAGAUUUACCUAAUAUUUCUAACAAGUAAUAUUUUUGUUCACAAUUGGAUCAGAAAAAUAACUUUUAAUAAUUUUUUGUGUAGUUUUUAUUGUUUUAAACUUUAAGCACCUACAUAUAAAGAUCCCAGAAUUGUCUAUUUUUUAUUGCUAGAAAUUUGUAAUUAUAUUUUAUCUCAUUUAAGAAUAGUUUAUUGUAAAUAUGUUUCUGUAAAGAAAAGUUUUAAAUCAUUUAUCUUGUAAUACAAUUUAAUUCUACAAUGGGCUACCUUGAAACAUGCACUUGUAACAGUAAAAAUAAUUAAAUAAGUCUCUUAGCA